UUUGAUGACGGAGCUGCCACCGAUUUCCUACAUCGACUGCCUAUAAGAGUCAGAACCUCUCCCAGUGUUUUCCUCCAGCGAACCUGAAAAAGCCCCGACGACCUGGCAGGCUACCGCGAACGCAAUUGCAAUGCAACAUCAACAUCUCCACCCUGUAACGCUUUCCAACUCCAAUACCAUCCCGCCCCCUUCAGACAAUAUGAAAGCUCUAGGAUGGCUCUUCGGCUGGGUCUUCGGCUGGGUCUUCGGCUGGCGUAAUACGCAAGCUGAGUCGUCACAAGAAACCCAGGCGUUUCUCGACGAGAAAAUCGGGGGGCUGGAUCUAUUUCGAAUCCAGCUAGAGAAGCAAGAGAAGAUGAUUGAGCGAAGCACGCAGGGAGGUCAAUUUGGCGUCCGCAGAAUCCAAGAACAGGAGCUCGUCCGUAUUAGAAAGACUAUCGAGGCGGCCUACAUUUGGAAGAAUCAUCUACGGCACAUGUCCCUUCUUCUACAGACCUCCGGACAGAUCGAGCCGGUGAUGCACGCCAUGACAACCUCGGCUCGAACGCUAGCCAGUAUGAACCGUUCUGUGGACAUGGAUCAGUUACAACGGAUGACGAUGGUAGUCCAACGGGAAUCUGAUAUUACGAACCACCAGAAAGAUAUGAUGAACAAUGCUAUGUAAAAUGCAAAAGAGGUCGAAGAGGAGGCAGAUGAAGUUGAUUUGGAGUUGUGGUACUUGGGCAGCAGAUUCCACCCUUAUUCUGGAACGAUAAUUCUCUUAGGUUCGAAGCUCGGGGAGAACUCCAACAGACCUAGAGGGAGGGAUGAGGAUAGCAGAGUCUGACAAAGGUUCAAAUGGGAGACCUGUCAGUGGGAGAGCAGGAGACAAGGGGAUGGGAUGGAACAGGCGCAUGUACAGAAUACAUGUAA